UCACGAAUCUACGUCAGAGCCUGAUCGUUUUCCGCGGGAAGAAUUUUCAUUUUUACCUCAUGUUGUACAAUUCCUUGAUAAAGUUUCUUCUGGCAAAAAUGAAGUUGAAAUUAGGAAUUUGACAAAAAAGCUUAAAGAAAAGUUUCAACGAUGCCACCAAAUUUUACAAGAAUUACCUGGUGCUGACUUAUCGCGGGAAGAACAAGAACAACUAUUACGAGCUGAAAAAGAAUUGCUUGAACAAAAAAG